CAAUGACCGUCUUCCAGAGCUUUCAUCCUUUUCAGAGGUGAGCCAGUUGAGAUGACAUGCUCCAAGUCCAAAGAUGAGGCAGUUCAGGCCAUGAAUCCCUAGGAGCGUUCGAUGAGCUUUGCCCCGUGGGACGUUCAUCACAAGGCCAGGCUCGCGCCGCAAGAUGGCGUGAUCUUGGGCGGCUUGGCCAUUGGCAUGCUGUGCCUUAUAGCUUGCUUAGCUGCUUUACACGUACAAAUGGCUUUGCAGCGGCUGCUGGGUCUUUGCUUAGCACAGGUGGGCGCUGUGUUUUGGAUGCUGCUGCUGUGUGGCCGGCUCCUGGAAGCUGGGGCGUUGGAAUCGUCGAGGCGCUUUGAUCAGCGAGCUCGACGACGGAUGGUUUUCCAACAGGUCGGUGCCAGAGGUCGCAAGCGGCCGUGUGGUCACCUGUGGGAGGACACACCUGUGAAGCGUCGCAAGCGAUGCUAACUGGCCAAAGCUUGCCAGGGUGAUUGAUUGAGGCCAGGCCAGGCCCGCUGGUCAACCCCAGCAUUUAAUUUGCAACCUCCUUGUUUGGAGUUCCUACUGCUUCAGGAGAUGGUUAUGGUCGUCACACACAUUUCGUACACUCUUUUUUGUUGCGCGAGAAGUGCAACAGAUGCGGAUUUCACACGAGUUCAUGCUUCAUUUCUUGGAAGGGAUGCCAAACACUUCAGCCUGGCUGAACCAAGAGUAUGGGGUGCUGACUCUUGGUUUUCAAAACGAUAGAAGAUCCUCCCACUCUUCCCCAUCGAUCAGCCGGCGCCACGUGUGGGACGCGAUGUACAAAAUCUCAACGUGCUGUGCGCACGAGCGACGAGGUCGCUUUCGGCCGUCGAGGUCUCCAGAACUUUCAGACAGAUCUGGAGAGGAAGCCAAUUCUAUAGUCAAUGACAUCAUGC